AUGUCUGAAGGAGCGUACCAGCGCCUGUGGGAUUCCUCCCACCUGACCCUGCGGGAGGUGCUGGAGCAGGAGCCGCCGGCGCUCGAACCCGUGCCCGAGCGGGAGCGCGCGUCGCUGCAGCACCGGCUGGCGGCGCUGUACCUGCAGUACCUGGGGCUGCUGCGCCGCUUCGACGGGCUCUACGACCAGGUGGUGCAGCCGCAGAAGCGCCGGCUGCUCCGGCGCCUCCUGGACGCGGUGGCCGUGCGGGUGCUUGAGCUCAAGGACGAGCUGGUGCGCGUGGAGCUCAGUGAGACCCACUGCCUGGACCGCGCGCUGCUGGAGCUGCGGCUCACCCCGGCAGACAUGGAGGUUCCAAUCCCCAAAUAUUUCCACCUUGAGGAGCCCACCAACCUGAGGACCCGGGCUGCCAUACUGGCUGAGAUCCUGGCCCAGAAGGAGCCGGUGGGCGUCAAGGAGAGCUUCCCAGGAAUCCACCGCACGGAUGCCAUCAUCCUGCUGCAGAGGGCCGAACGUGCCAGGCAGGGCCGCCUGCGGGCGACCUUCAUGCGGGAGAUCCGCCGAGAGGAGGAGCGGGACCAGCGGAUCCGCAUGGAGGGCCGCUACCGAUUCACCCAGGACCAGGCCGCGCUCACCAUACAGAAGGUGUGGAAAGGCCACCUGCAUCGAAAGCGUGCCCAGCAGGACCAGCGCACCGAGAUGGAGUUCAUUGGCAUGCUCCCGGCUUCGAACCAGGCCUCGGGCUCGGUGGCGCUGGCCAACUUGGGGGACUCCCUGCGGAGGCUGCGGCAGGCCGACCGUGAGGAGGAGUUCCAGGAGGCCCAGGGCAAGGCGCACGACUCGCUCACAGAGACGGAGGGGCCUGCCCUCAGGGAGAAGAUGAAGGAGCAGAUCCGCCAGUGGUUCAUUGAAUGCCAUGCCAUUACCGGACGGUUCCCUGAUUAUCCGGACGAAUCUUCAGGGGGAUCCUACCUGUUCUUUUCAGAGAAGACUCCAGAACAGGUGAAAGUGGAAUUAGACACUCAGAGCCAGGAGAGCAAGAAAAAGGACCAAGAGAAGAAGGAGAAGAAGGAGGAGAAGAAGAAGAAGAAGAAACAGGAGAAGUCCAAGAGAGGGGAGCAGGAAUCGGUGCUGACUUUGCUGCCGUCCAAGGCCGUCCCCGUCAUCAGCGCUGGGCACAAGGAGUACUUGAAUCUCUGGCAGAACCAGGCUGGGGCCACACACCCUGAUCAGGGUCAUGACUCGGAGAAGCUGCGCAUGGAGAUGAGGAAGGAGGUGGAGACGGAGCUGCGCAUCCAGGUGGAUGAGCUUAUGCGGCAGGAGCUGAAGACGCUGCGCCUGGUGGUGGACAAAGAGGAGACUCGGGCCCUGAAGCCCCCCAAGAAAGGCGCAUCACAGAGGGCUGGGAAGAAGAAGGACCGGGAUCUGACUGCCGACAGGUCUGUGGAGUCUCUGUUUGAGGAGCUGCUCUUCUUUGAGGUUCUCAAGAGGAACGAGAAAGUGGAGCUGAAAGACUUCAUUGGGGACUGGCUGUACCUCAGAUCCCCUCUGGGCCUGGCCAACAAGCUGGCCAUGCCGUCCCUGUCUGACAUGCGGCAGAACGUGGCCCUAUACGCUGUGCUGCGGCUCGGCUCCCCCCACAUCCACUCCAUGGCUCCCCUGGUGCGCUCCAUCCUGCUGGUGGGCCCCGAGGGGAUGGGCAAGAAGAUGCUGGUGCAGGCCGUGUGCACCGAGACCAAGGCUAUCCUGUUCGACCUGUCGCCGAGCAACCUGCAGGACAAGUACCCCGGGAAGGCGGGGGCGCAGAUGCUCGUGCACUUGGUCUUCAAGGUGGCCCGGCUCUUCCAGCCCUCCGUCAUCUGGAUUGGAGACGCCGAGAAGAACUUCUACAAGAAGGUGCCCCGAGAGGAGAAGGCGAUGGACCCAAAGCGCAUCAAGGUAGACCUGGCGAAGGCCCUGCGUGUGCUGAGCCCCGGGGACCGCGUGCUGCUCAUCGGGACCACGGCACGGCCACAGCUGGCUGACGUCAAGGGCCUGUGCCGGCUCUAUGAACACAUCCUGCUCAUGCCCAGGCCUGAUUAUGCCUCGCGCUACACCAUCUGGAAGCACCUGCUACAGGCCCAAGGCGCCGUGCUGACCCCGAGCCUGGACGUCAGCUCGCUGGCUCGGGUGUCGGACGGCUACACGUCUGGUGCCAUUGUGCAUGCUGUGCGCGCCGUGGUGAGCGAGCGGCGGCUCCUGCAGAUGUCCAAGCGGCCGCUGGUGGCCUCAGAGUUCCUGGGGCACCUGGCGAAGCAGGAACCGGUGCACUGGGAGGAGGAGGAGGCCUUGAAGGACUGGUACUUCAAAACCCCACUAGGCAAGAGGUGGGUUACGAUGGUCAAGGAGCAGGACGCGGCUGAGGAAGCUAAGCAGGCCAAGAAGAAGAAGAAGUGAGGGGCCACCAUCAAGGCUGCGCUGAACCUUCGGGGGUCCCUCCCACCCCUCACCCUGGGCAGAGCCAUAAACGCCCAACCCA